AAUAUAGCCUAAUACUAAAUCUGAAAACAGAAGAAGCCGAUAACCUUGUUUUAUUGAAAACUGGAAUAUCUGUAUUGACAUCCAAAAUAAUUUCAUGUUUUUAUAACCAUGUAAGAAGUAUCUUUUGAUAAAAUAACAAUAAUUUUGGUAGUUAAUAUUUACCUGAAAAUGGCAUUCAACGUAGAUAUUACCACUUCUCCAAGAAUGCAUAUUUUUUAGGAGAAUGAUACUCAGCUCAUUUCGAAUGCCUCAAAGUAAGGCAAUUCAUUGCUACAUGUUGAUGAGUUUGUGGAUAUUAUUGAUUAUAGUUGGUAUUUACAAAUUUUUGGAAACAAAAAAAAGUCCACAAGAACCUGAAAACAUUUUAUCUACAUCUUAUACAAAUCUAGCAAUUGAUGCUAAAACAAAAAGAAUAUUUAAAAUAUGCAACUUUCCCGAGGAGAUUGUAACAGGAGAUGAAGGUGCAAUUCGUGAAAGUAAGUGGAUUCUUAAGGGAUUGCUGAUUCUUAUUAGACAUGGAGAUAGGGGGCCACUCCAACAUAUAAAGAAAAUAUCCUCAAUAAAUUGUGGCACUGAAAAUAGUCAACUAUUAAGUUCUUAUAAAGCUUAUUUACAAAAUCAAUCUUUAUCUGGGAAAAUAUCAUGGGUAGGUCAGGGUCCAUUUCACGGUUUCCCUUAUUUACCAAUCCAUCCUUCGCAGUGUCAUUUGGGUCAAUUAACUAUGCAAGGUGUUUCCCAGCUACUUAAUUUAGGCAAUUUGCUUAAACAGAAAUACCAAGAGGUAUGGUCUAAAGUAAAAUCAUUAAAAUCUAGAGAAGUUGUGAUAUAUAGUACUAAAUAUCGUCGCACAUUUCAAUCAGUCUUGGCAUUUUUAUUUGGACUUAUACCAGUAGAAACUUUAGAGAAAUUGGUCAUGCACGAAAGUCAGAGUAUGAGUUUUUGUUUUAAAGAUUGUGGUUGCCCAGUAACCGAAAAAUUAUACAAGAACGUCAAAAAAAGUAUAUCUCAUCAGCUGCAUUCACAUCCCGCUGUAGCUGCAUUAGCGGUAUCAACUGGAAAUUCUCUAUUUUCAAUAAAUGGUGAACCAGUGACUGCUAAUACAGAUCCACAUUUUGUAAGAGAUGCUUUAUUGACAUUUGUUUGCCACAGAAAUGGGUUUCCUUGUGAUGGUCCAAUUAACUGCAUAAGACGUCAGAAUGUUGUGGGAAUUUUCGCUUAUACAGAUUGGGUGAAUUACCAAAAAUGGAGGAAUGUAUAUUGGAAACGUUAUUGCUUACUAAAAUCCUACGGAUUAGUUAGACAUAUUGUUCAACAAAUGUUACAAAUGGUAUCAAAUAGUGGACCUUAUCUAGUUGUAUAUUCUGGUCAUGAUCACACAUUGGAGCAACUUAGUACAGCUUUAGGCUUGCAAAACGACCCCUUUCUCUUACGAUAUGCAGCUAGGAUAGUAUUUGAGGUUUAUCAACAAAAUGAAGGUAUCGAUAAUACUCAAGGUAUAUAUUUUAGGCUUUUGAGUAAUGGCAAAGAUAUUACUAGGCAAGUUAGUUUUUGUAAAAAUAUUGUAAAUGUUAGCACAAAAGUAAAUCUCUGUAAAAUAGAAGAUAUUGUUAGAUUUUUACAUGAUGACUAUUUUAUUUCUUUAAAUGUAACAAAUUUUAAAGAUGCUUGCAUGCGAUAAAAAUAUUAAUAAAUAUUAAUGUUUGAAAAUUAAACGGACAUACUAAAA